GAGGGCCGCUCUAAAACAGGAGCGCAUUCCUCAACACCGCGCACAGUGGAGGCACACGACGGCUGCUGUCUCUCGAACCGCGGGACUGCCAAACUGGGCACCAGGGCCUGCGGAUAUCCAUCGAGCACUUUGGGUUUACCUUAAAACCGCUCCAAUAAGCCAAGAAAACCAAGCGCAGUCCGCUUCGAGGGCUCAGCAGCGAUGUCGGAGUUUCUGGUGAAUCUGCUCGGAGAGCGGCUCGUCAACGGAGAGAAAGCCGAGGUGGAUGUUCACUCGCUGGGCAGCAAACUGUCUCUGCUCGGGCUCUACUUCGGCUGCAGUUUAAACGGCCCAUGCAAGCAGUUCAACGCGAGUCUGUGCGAGUUUUACAGCAAGUUUAAAAAAUCGUCGGAGCACAAGGACAAAUUGGAAAUCGUCUUCAUCUCUUCUGAUCAGGACCAGAAACAGUGGCAGGACUUCUUACAGGAGAUGCAAUGGCCGGCGUUGCCUUUUAAAGACAGACACAAAAAGAUGAAGCUUUGGAACAAGUACAAGGUGACUAGUAUUCCUUCUCUGGUGUUCAUCGAUGCUGCCACGGGGAAGGUGGUGUGUCGGAAUGGCUUGCUUGUAGUUAGAGAUGAUCCAAAAGGCCUGGAGUUCCCCUGGGGGCCGAAGCCCUUUGUGGAGGUGGUGGCCGGGCCCUUGCUCAGGAACAACCGACAGACGACAGACAGCGGUGCCCUGGAGGGAUCCUAUGUGGGGGUUUACUUCUCUGCACACUGGGUGAGUGCUCUGUCAGAGGAGUCAUUUACUCAGUAUUUUAGCGAGAUGCCGUGGUUGGCGGUGCCGUACACAGAUGAGGCCAGACGGUCACGACUCAACAGACUCUAUGGAAUCCAAGGUAUCCCCACACUGAUUUUACUGGACACAGAGGGUCACAUGAUCACGCGACAGGGGCGGGUGGAGAUUCUCAAUGACCCCGACUGUGAGCUCUUCCCAUGGCACCCGCGACCCGUGCUGGAGCUCAGCGAAUCCAACGCCGUGCAGCUGCAUGAAGGGCCCUGCCUGGUUCUGUUCGUAGAUGCUGAGGAAGAGGGAGAGCUGGAGCCGGCCAAGGAGCUCAUCCAGCCAAUCGCAGAGAAGAUCAUGGCCAAAUACAAGGCAAAGGAGGAGGAGACACCACUGCUCUUUUUUGUCGCUGGAGAGGAUGAUAUGAGCGAUUCCCUGCGGGACUACACCAACCUGCCUGAGGCCGCGCCUCUCCUCACCAUCCUGGACAUGUCAGCCCGCGCCAAAUACGUUAAAGACGUGGAGGAAAUCACACCUGCCGUGGUAGAACAGUUUGUUAGUGACUUUCUGGCCGAGAAGCUCAAACCGGAGCCCAUUUGAAGUCCUUGAACUCCCUGCACCCUGUUACCCGAACCUCCAUCUGGCCCUUGACCUCCAGGCGUGCUCUCUCUUCUCUUCCUGUCAGACUGUUCGAACAGAAGCGUACUUUGUAUUGAUAUUUUACUUCUUUUAAUACGUGCCCCUCCAUCUCGAAACGGCCGCCUCCUCCUGUGGUGCCUUGCAUUUACUACAGCGCUGAUGGUAAAAUGCAGAUUUUAACGUUGAUUGUCUUUUGCCGUUACAUUUAGAGAUUAGAUUGACCCGUGCAGCUGCAAGUGAACACGACUUUUUGCUUUUAUUGAGAUUUUUAUCAAGUAUUUCCUUCUAUCCUUGGAUAUUGUUUCAAGAAUCAAGAGCUUAGAAUAAAUAUAGCUUGGUAGAUGUAUUAUUAUUAAAAAAAAAUUCACAGACUGCACAUUUUACGUGGCCAUAUGUUCUGUAUGGCUGCGAUUCUCUACUUAUGGGUGCUGAUAAAUAUGCAUACAUGAACAAGCUGAUGUUGAUAUCCUUGUAUAGAAGGCACUAACUUCUUUGUGUGGCUGCCGCUGUUUAUUUUGAAUGCAGUUGUCUGUAGUUGAUACUUUAAAGGUCUUCACCCACCUUCUUGUUGAUAUUUGAUGUUGUUGAAUGACUGAUCUGCUCCCAUCUCAAACAUGACAUUUAAGUGGAUUUUCUGUGAAGGUCCCCUGUAUUAAAGCGGUCUAUGUUUUUUGAAGGCACAAUAAAAGGCAUCUAAUUGCAAGCUUCUUUAUGAAAUAUAGCCAAUUAAAGCACAGUCUGUCUGUCCUUGGUUGUGUUUGAAAUGUCAUAGCCAUUAAAACUCUGUUUAAAAUGCCUCUGUUCUCUUUAUACUUGGGACUAUGUUUGCAGUUCAUACUACCCUACUACUCAGUUUCUGUAGUAUGCAUACUGCGUGCAUUAAGCAGAUUUUCUGAUAAUAAUUUCAUAUUACUCCGUUGACCUUUUAAAUUUGCCAGAUCAUGCGAUAUACAACCAGAAAUACUGAAAUAUCCCACAAAGCAAUGUACUUCCUUCAAUCGUCCAUUUCCACUUACAUAAAUACAUGUUGUACAUCUAUAUAAUGA